AUGUUCUUUGGAAGAUGGAUGAUCAUUAAAAGUCUACUUUUGUACAUUAUCGUAUCUUUGGUACUCGGAACAGCGACUGCUAGCGCCAAGGUCGUUGAUUAUCCGAUACCGGGCAAUCGCAAUGGCAUUUUCCAGGCAUUUUUAUCGCAUAUUGAUUGGAUCCCAAAGGUUCAGAGGGAUUUGCAGCUAUUUGAGCGGCGGAAGGUCAAACUCAAGUUACGAGCCGCUGGGCAGUUUAGAAUAAAACCAAAAACCAACAAGUCAGUCUCCAAACGUUUCAAGAUUACAGCUACUGGCAAAAUCAUGUACAAGAGAGCGAAUAGACACCACCUGCAAAGGAAGAAAAACAGAGGAGCCAAGGCCAGAACAAAAAGAGCAGUGUGUAUAAAGUCAACACGUAUCAUUCGCAAAAUUAAAAGUGUAUUACAUAACCGAUAA